AUGGCUAGUCGGAAGAAGCCUUUAUCGGAGCAGCUAGCGGAGCUGCUAACCCCCGCGCCCACCGCGGGCCACGAGGAUCCUGAAGACGCGCAGGGGUUCGGCGCAGAGGCGCGCGCGAUCUUUGGCGGAGACGAGUCUGCGGAGGCGGGGGAAGGAUGGGGCGCGGCGGAAGCUGGGGUGGUGCGCCUGGGGGAGGCUGGCGCAGACCGGAAGCGCGGGGAGCGCAGGUCCGCGGUCAAGGAGAAGGGGCUGAAUUUGCGCGGGAAUUUGGUAAUGGAGGGGCGGGAAUAUGGGGGGAAUAAGAGCAGCAGAUCGGCUCUUUUUGAUGGGUGGGCGGAUGACGUGGCGGAUGACGAUGAUGACGCGGAGGAUGACGACAUGGACGAUGACGUGGAUGAGAGAAUGCAGAAAGCCGGUGGUGCGGGGGAAGAUGACGAUCAAGAGGGAGAGGGAGGGAGUGAGGAGGAGGAGGGGGAGGAGGAGGGGGAAGAUGGGGAGGAUGGGCAGGACAACGCAGACGAGGAUGAGGAUAACGAGGAUGAAACUAGCGAGGACGAGUAUGGCGAGGAUGUCGAGGACGAGGCGUUACAAGGGAGUGAGGACGAGCUCGAGGGCGGCGCGCUGUUGACGGCGGCGCGCGCCACGAUGGACCUUGGGAUGGACGCGCUCGAUCGAGACUUUGAGGCCGCUUUAAAAGACGAGUUUCGACCAGCAGCUACAGUAGCCGGGCGGGAUCCUAGCGCUGGUAACGAGGACGAUGUUGACGAGGAUGGUGAGCGGGUAGGUCACGGGGGAGGCGGUGGGGACGGCGGCAGCGGCGCGCCGGUGGCUAUGGCGAAAAGUGCUUUUAAAGGAGCGGUUCGUGACGAGGAUAAGGGCCGCGCGGUAGCCGCGCAACGCGCGCUGUGGGACCGCGCGCUAGAGCUCCGCAUAGCGCUGCAGCGCCCGCUGCAGUCCGCGUGCCGCCUUCCCCACGCGCGCGCACACGCCGCCUUCGCGGCUGUAGCGCCGAACGUGGCGGCGGAGUUCCAGGCUGUAGCGGCCGGCACGCGGACGGCAAUCCGGCAGCUGCUGACGCUGCAGGACGAGCUGUUUACCCGGAACGCGGCAGUUGACGGCGCGUUCAAAGCCGCGCGGGCGGCGCUGGCGGAAGGCGGAGGCGGAGACGGGGAAGGGUCGGGAAGACAAGUGGCAUCGCAAGACCCUGCUGACGUCAGGAGCCAUGGCAGCGGAUCGCAGCAGCAGCCGGCUCAGAGCGUCUCCCAGCAGGUCGCCUCUGCCCUCCGCGCCCCUGAUAGCAGCGGCGAAAUGCGAGUGGCAUCGCAAGACGCUGCUGACGUCAGGGGCCAUGGCAGCGGGUCGCAGCAGCAGCCGGCUGAGGGCGCUCAACCAGGGUGUCUCCCAGCAGGUUGCCUCUGCCCUCUGUGCUGCCCUCUACCUGCUCUCCCAGCAGGUGGCCGCUGCCCUCCGUGCACCCGAUCGCAGCAGCAUGCGAGCCUCAAAGCAGGAAUUCUAUGCAUGGGCCUCAGAGUCACCUGCUUGUUCCGUUUCUUGUUUCCUGCGUGCUCUCCUCAUCUGGAAUGCAGGUGGCAUCGCAAGACGCUGUUGACGUCAGGGGCCAUGGCAGCGGGUCGCAACAGCAGCCGGCUGAGGGCGCUCAACCAGAGCGUCUCCCAGCAGACGCUGCUGACGUCAGGGGCCAUGGCAGCCAGUCGCAGCAGCAGCCGGCUGAGAGCGCUCAACCAGAGCGUCUCCCAGCAGGUCGCCUCUGCCCUCCGCGCUCCCGAUCGCCUCAUCCAACGGUCCAGAUUGCCCCGCGAGGCCGUCAGUGUGAUUGGAGCGAAAUCGGAAGCUCUGGCUGCUGCUUUUGCUUCUGGGAAGAAGCGGAAGGGGUUGGAUGGUAUAGGUGGGGACGAGGAAGUGGGAGUGGUGCACGGGGAGAAUGGCUAUGUGCAGGGAAAGCAGGUUGAGAAGGAGGAAGAAAAGGAGGGGAACAAAAAGCAGCAGGAGGCGGAGCAGGAGGAGAGGGGAGAGGAGCAGGAGGGGGAGGAGGAGGAAGGGCAAGAGGGGGAGCAGGGGGAGCAGGAGGAGCAGCAGGCGGAGCAAGGAGGGGAGCACUCUGAAUGGGACAUGGACUCAUACGACGAUACAGAGUUCUACCAGCAACUCCUACGCGAGUUCCUAGACUCAUCCCACCUGGAAGAACUCGGCAUUGCCUCCCAGCAGGUGGUGCGGAGGCUGAGAGGCAGCAAGGGCAAGGCGGUGGACAGGCGGGCGUCCAAGGGCCGCAAGGUGCGGUACGCGCUUAUGCCGGCUCUCGUGAACUUCAUGGCCGCGGAGCCGGUGCAGCUGCCGCCCGUUGUGGAGCGGCUGUUUGGGAACCUCUUUGGACAGGUGCACGGGAAGAAGUAG